UCCUCCUGCAUAUAUAUGUAUUUAGCAGCAGCAGCAGGGCCGGCCUCAGCUCCUCAGCUUGUGCCUCGGCUCUCGCUGGAAACUGCCAUGAUUCGCUUCGCUACCGCCGUCGCCGUUCUCCUCCACGCUUUAUCGGCCGGAUUUUCCGCCGCCGCUGGCCGCGAAAUCUUCGUCGACAAGAUCAGAUUGCCGUCGGAAGCUGCUGGAUUCUUCCGUGGUAGCGAGGACGAAGAUGCUAUCGGGACCAGAUGGGCUGUUCUGGUUGCCGGAUCUAACGGGUACUGGAACUACAGGCAUCAGGCAGAUAUUUGCCAUGCAUAUCAAAUCAUGAAGAAGGGUGGGCUUAAAGAUGAAAACAUCAUUGUUUUCAUGUAUGAUGACAUUGCCUAUGACGAAGACAACCCCAAUCCUGGAGUCAUAAUCAAUAGCCCAUAUGGUGAUGAUGUAUACCAUGGAGUGCCAAAGGACUAUACUGGGGAAGAUGUCAAUGUUGACAAUUUGAUUGCCGUUAUCCUUGGAGAUAAAGCUGCUCUUACUGGGGGCAGUGGUAAGGUUGUGGAUAGUGGUCCAAAUGAUCAUAUCUUCAUAUAUUACACUGACCAUGGGUCUGCUGGGUUGCUUGGGAUGCCUACAUAUCCUUACCUUUAUGCGAAUGAUGUAAUUGAUGUCUUGAAAAAGAAACAUGCUUCUGGGAACUAUAAAACCUUGGUAUUUUAUGUUGAAGCUUGUGAAUCUGGAAGUAUUUUUGAGGGUCUUCUUCCAAAAGGUUUAAAUAUAUAUGUAACGACAGCAGCUAAUGCAGUAGAGGACAGCUGGGGAACCUACUGCCCUGGAGAGUACUGGGAUAUUGCUGAUUUGUAUGGAACCUGUCUAGGUGAUUUAUAUAGUGUUUCCUGGAUGGAGGACAGUGACAUUCACAAUCUACGGACAGAAUCUUUGCGGCAGCAAUACAAAGUGGUUAAAGAGAGAACUCUGAAUGAGUUUGGUGACUAUGGUUCACAUGUUAUGCAAUAUGGAGAUCUACAGAUUAGCAAUGACAAGCUUUUUCUCUAUAUGGGCACAAAUCCUGCAAAUGAUAACUCCACUUUUACUGAUGAAAACUCACGGCGGCCAUCUUUAAAAGCUGUUAACCAGCGUGAUGCUGAUCUUGUACAUUUCUGGCACAAGUUCCACAAGGCUCCAGAAGGCUCUUCCAAGAAACUUGAAGCUCAGAAGCAGCUUGUUGAGUUUUUGUCACAUAGAAUGCACGUAGACAACAGCGUGAACAUGAUUGGGAGGCUUUUAUUUGGAAUGGAGAAAGGUCCUGAGUUGCUGAGGGCUGCCAGGCCCACCGGGCAACCUCUUGUUGAUGACUGGGAUUGUCUUAAAACUCUUGUGAGGACAUUUGAGACGCAUUGCGGAUCACUAUCUCAGUAUGGAAUGAAGCACACGCGCGCCUUUGCCAACAUGUGCAAUGCCGGCAUCCAGAAGCAGCAGCUGGCCGCGGCUGCGGCACAAGCUUGUGUGACCAUUCCUUCUAAUCGUUGGAGCUCGCUCCACAAGGGCUCCAGUGCAUGAUCGUGGCAGGAUGCUCAAUCUCUCAAUCACCAACCGGCGGAUUCUGUUCUAGACAAAGCUUGGUUUUCUCUUCUCUACACAGAUUGAGUAACCCACCAUAGCCAUCUGCCUGGUUGUGUGACAGACUGGUUCAACGUAAAUAAUAGCUUAGAGAGUACUCUUAUCAAACUUAUUUUUCGAAAGCAGUGUAUUGGCCUAUUAUGUAUAUUAAAAUGCUUGAUGUGCGGCUGUGAUUGUAUGUGUUGUGUUAAUAAAAAUGAAUUCCAGCUUGGAGAUGGAAUUGUGCAA